AUGCCUGUCAAAAGGCCAAGUAAAGACUAUGAUGAAUCUGACUCAGAUGAUGAAUUCAAGGAGCUUGCCAUGUUGAGAAAGCCCAUAAGCAGCCCUGAUAAUUCAAUGAGCUUGCAAUUUGAGAUCCCAGCAUCAGUACAGUCAGUCAUCAAUAAGAUUGAGGAAUCACAGGGCUUUCGGGCCAAACAGGACAUUAUUUGGAAACUGGCUGGAAUAAUGAACAACGUGGAGCUGAUAAUGACUCGGUAUAAUAUCGACAGCAUGUCCUUUGGGAGGAAGGGCUCCAUCUCAGAAAGUCAGAAAAGGAAGAGAAAGGCUUUCUUAGAAAAGAUUGCCACCGUUGUGAAGAAUGUUGACAUUAGAGAAAGGACUCUCUCCAAGAUUCUGUCCUGGCUAGAAGAAUGGAAUCUUAUUCUGUCGGAGGUGGCUACCAUCAAUAUGGAUGACUAUCACCACUGGGUUGUGAAGAUGGAGUUGAUACCAGACAUGCUGAAAAGGAUCAGCAAUAAUGUCGACUCUCUGAUUCAAAUGACCUUAUUACUCAUCGAAGAGAAGAAGAGAGCAAAGAAAAGAACAUUGGCUAGAGGCACUCUCUGGAAAGCUUGGAAAGACCGGGCUAUAAAGCGGCCUGCCACAGCCCAAGCUUUAAGACCGGAUCAGAUGAUUUUCGACCAGAUUGGCUUAAACGCUAAGGUUUCAGAGAUUCAGAGCAUGCUGCAGGAGCUCAUCAGCACAGCGAUGUUCAGCAAGCUGGAAAACAACGUCAUUAAAUACAUGUCAGCCACAGUGCUGAAUCUCUCCAAGGCACUGAGCACUGUCAAUGAUGAACUAAGACUUGUGAGCUCUCGAGUUGCCAAGUCGGUUCUGAAAGAGGAUCAAGGGGUAGAGAAAGAGAAAGACCAUUCCAAGCAGGUCAUCCAAGAACUCAGUGAAGAGAAUGAGAUGCUUCAGCAGAAACUUAGAGAAUCUGAAGAAAAAUGUGACCAACUUAUUCGCAUCAAAAAUUAUCUUGGACGCCAGAUGAUGCACCCAGCUGCAUCCUUGAAAAUGCUGCCUUUACAGGGGCUGUUUGUCAGCAGGGAGUCCAGGGACGUUGAGAGGGAAGGCAAGACGGACGACUCCCAGGAGAAAGGGUCCAAAAGCACCGCAGUAACAUGGGAACCAUCUUCAAGUGAAGGGGAUCCAGAUGCAGCUAAGCAGCAAGUUGAGGACAAAGCUGAGGCCACCCAAGACCAGAUAAAACUCAAAGGCCUGCCACUGACAGCAGAGACCUUGGACACAAAUCUGGAAAUGGACGAAAAGAAACUCAGUCAACUUGCUCUUCUAAAAGAACAGGAAAAGAAGAAAGCCGGGAAAGCAAAGGCCCAGAAGGGCAAAGGGGGACCAAGUGCCAUGUGGGAACAACUCAAGAAGGGCCGAUCUGAGCAGCUGAUUCGAGGCAGCCCAGGCUCGCCAGAGAGUAGAGAGUCCACCCUUAAAUUAACCGACAAAGAAGCCAAGAGUGAAAUAGAUCUGCUUCAGCCUGAGGGUGCACCAGAGCUACAAAAACCAGAAACCAAGUGGAGAAGACUUGUAGCAAAAACCGAGGAAACAAAACAGUCUGGUAAAUUACAACCCAAGACCUCUAAGGUGACUUCAGUAACCCCUGAUGAAAGUGAGCAGGGCAGUCUAGAAUCAUUUCAAAGAGCCAUCCUGGCCUUCCUGAGAGAGAAGACGAAUAAUGUAGGAAAGGCUUUUGAUCCAAAUAGUAUAAGGAAGGAGGAGUCGGCACUGGGAAAAGCAGAAGUCGAAAAUUUAAACGUCAUAAAGGCAAAAAUAGAGGAAUAUUUCCAAAAGGUGGCUGAAACUGUGACUGUAGCAUUGAGGACAUACAGAGAUGAGAGAAAGGUUCAACCUAAAGAGAAACCCAAGAAACAGCCAAAGGGAGCGCUGUCACGGAUGCUUCCUAAGCAGGGGGCGGUCGGCGCCAAGUCUGAGGUUGGCAGAGUUCUCCUCAGUGAGAUCACAGACCCAGCAAUUAAGAAACUGGUACAGAUGCUCUUAAAUGAGAUAGAGAAUGACUUCAAAUACAAAACGACAAAGGAGCAGCAACAGGCGGCGGCGGCGGUGGCGGCUGUGCAGAAGGAAGAGCCAAGACUGAGGCCGAAGGACAAAACGGAGCUGCUGGAGGUGUGGAGGCAAGCAUUCAAAGCCCCAGAAGGCCGCCAGGUUCAGGACCUGGGAGAUGCAGAGGAUGCAGAAAAGUCGAAGAGGAGCGAGCCGGGUCAUGUGGACCUGUGGAAGGUCGUCAGCAAGUCCUCCAUCAAUCUAGCUCCCAGACUGAUGAAGGCCCCGAAACCGCAGAUAAGUCAGGCACAGGCGCUCCAAGUGGAGCCCGGUGUAAUGGGGGCCACGGAGGAACAGCAGCCCAAACUCUCUCCCUCCUCUUCCAGGAUCCUCCUCGUUUCUCCAAAAACCCCCCAAGUGCAUGUCCCUGAGCAGGCCCAGAUAAUAGGCCCUCAGAUGUCCCCCCAGCUUUCAAUGCCAUCUCUCACCGUUGAGCAGGCACAAACUUUGAGUGGUCCUCUUACUGGUGAACACACUAUAGAAUUAAAGACUGCUUUCACAGCAGGGCAGGAGCAAGAACUGGGGACUAAGCCAAUGGUUCCUAGGAUUCUUGAGCCGACACAGACUCCAAAGGAGUCUCUCAUAUCAGAAAAACCCGAGGGGAUGCAAACCUCCCAAGCAACUACUGAAGAGAUAUCUGGGGUCACAGAUACCCAGAGAACAAUGCUACCCUUCCAGCAGGUCCUAGACCAAGUAACAACUCCCACUCCUGAGAAAGACAAGGGACCAAGGAUCACCCUCACCCCUCAGCAGACCCAGGCCCUAGGCAUCACUCUCACGCCUGAGCAGACUAAAUCCCAAAGGAUCAGUCUGACCCAUGAACAGGUUCAGGCCCUAGGGGUCGCCCUCACUCCUGAGCAGUACCAAGAGGAGAGAAUCAGUCUGACUCCCCUACAGGCCCAGAUCCUGGGAAUCACCCUCAACAUCCAGCAGGCGAAGGCCCUGGGGAUCACUCUCACUCCCGAGCAAGUCAAGGCACAGAGGGUCAGUCUGAACCCUCAACAGUACCAGGUCCAGGGAACCACUCUCACCACUCAGCAGGCUGAAGCACAAAGAACUAAUCUCACCCCUGAGCAGGCCAAGGCCCUGGGGCUCCCUCUGAUCCCUCCUCGGCCAAUCACUUUCCCCCGUGAGCAGACCCAGGCUCCCGGCAUCACUCCAACCCGUAAGCCAAUCACUCUCAGCCCUGAGCAGACCCAGGCCCCGGGCAUCACUCCAACUCCUCAGCCGAUCACUCUCAGCCCUGAGCAGACCCAGGCCCCGGGCAUCACUCCAACCCCUCAGCCGAUCACUCUCAGCCCUGAGCAGGCCCAGGCUCUGGCACUCACUCUCACCACUGAGCAGGUCAAGACUCAGCGAAUCAAUCUGAGCCCUGAGCAGACCCAGGCCCUGGGCAUCACUCCAACCCCUCAGCCGAUCACUUUCACCCCUGAGCAGGCCCAGGCUCUGGGUAUCACCCCGACCCCUCAGCUGAUUACUCUCAGCCCUGAGCAGGCCAAGGCCUUGGCGAACGCUCUCACCGCUGAGCAGGUCAGUCUGAGCCCUCAACAGGCUGAGGCCCUGGGCAUCACUCCGACCCCUCAGCCGACCACUCUCAGCCUUGAGCAGACCCAGGCCCUGGGCAUCACUCCAACCCCUCAGCCGAUUACACUAACCCCUGAGCAGACCCAGGCCCUGGGCAUCACUCAGAGCCAUGAGCCGAUCACUCUCAGCCCUGAGCAGGUCCAGGCCCUGGGCAUCACUCUGACCCCUCAGCCGACCACUCUCAGCCCUGAGCAGACCCAGGCCCUGGGCAUCACUCUGACCCCUCAGCCGGUCACACUAACUCCUGAGCAGGUCCAGGCCCUGGGCAUCACUCCUACCCCUCAGCCGCCGACCACUCUCAGCCCUGAGCAGGCCCAGGCCCUGGGCAUCACUCCUACCCCUCAGCCGAUCACACUAACCCCUGAGCAGGCCCAGGCCCUGAGCAUCACUCCUACCCCUCAGCUGAUCACUCUCACCUCUGAGCAGGCCCAGGACCUGGGGGUUUCUCUUAUUCCCAAACAACAGGAGAUCAGUNUUAGUCCAGAGCAGGCCCAAGCAAUGGGGCUCACGCUNACNCCUCAGCAGGCUCAGGUACAGAAAAUUUAUCUCACCCCUCAGCAGGCCCAGGCUCUGGGAAUCACUCUCAGACCUGAGCUGGCCAAGGCACAGGAGAUCAGUCUGACCCCUGAGCAGGCCCACUCCCUGGGGAUCUCUCUCACAGUUGAGCAGGCCAAGGCACAGAGGAUUAAUCUGACCCCUCAGCAAGCCCAGGACCUGGGGAUCACUCUCACUGCUGAGCAGGCCCAGGACCUGGGAAUAGCUUCUACCCCUAAGCAGUCUGAAGCCGUGGGAAUCACCCCCACCGCUACCCCUGAGCCUUACAAGGAAAGAAGUCUGACCUCUGAGCAGGUUCAGGCCUUGAGGACCAGUGUCCCCCCUAAGGAGGCCCCGUCAUUGGGGAUUUAUCUCACCGCUAAGCAGGCCCGGAACCUGGGAAUCACUCUCACUGCUAGUCAAGCCAAGGUCAUGAAGAUCAGUCUCACCCCUGAGCAGGCCCAGGCCCUGGGGCUCACUGUCACCGCUAAGCAGGCCAAGGCACGGAGGACCAGCCUGACCCCUGAGCAGGCCCAGGCUCUGGGAGUCAUUCUCACUCCUGAACAGGCCCAGGCCCACAGAAUCAUUCUCACCCCUGAACAGGCCCAGGUCCUGGGGAUCUCGCUCACCCCUGAACAGGCCCAGGUCCUGGGGAUCUCUCUUACCCCUGAGCAGGCCCAGGUACAAGGUAUUCUUUCUCCUAAGAAAUUUCAGGAAUUGGACGUUCCAUUAACCUAUAAACAAGCAGAAAUACUAAGGAGCCAUCUUUCCAAGAAGCCACUUGAAGUCCAGAGAAGCCAAAUCCUUCUCUCUGAGUCUAUCCAAAUGCCCAAACCAGCUACCGCCUCUAAACACACCCAGACAAUUGAAAUCCCACUAACUAGCCAACCAUUCCAGGCAUUUGGAUCUCCACUUUCAAAGAGAAUGGAGACAGAAAUGGGAAUCUCUCCCCUCACUCCCAAGCAGUCCCAGGCAAUUGUAACUCCACCUUCAAAGAGAAAGGAGAAAGAAUUGGGAAUCUCUCCCCUCACUCCCAAGCAGUCCCAGGCAGUUGAGCCUGCCAAGGCAAAGCAGUCUCCCCUAACUCCCAGGCAGGCACGGCCAUUUCAGAAGCAGCUUGCUCCAGAGCUCACACAAACACUGCAGUUUACCAUUACUCUCCAGAAAGCCCAGCACUUGGGUGUCACUUUUACCUACGAACAAACUCGGGCAGCAGCUGUCACCCUCACCUCCGAGCAGGUGGCAGCACUAGAAGACGCUCUCACUGAAAAACUGGCUUGGAGAUGGGAGAUUUCAGUCACACCAGAAACAGUUCAAGAGGCACCAAACAUCAUUACCACUAAGCAACUGCAAGCCCUGGGGAUGGCUGCUCUCGAGCCAGCUCAGGCACUUCCCAGACCUUUUCCCUUGGAGAAGCCUGCCACGUUGGCCACUUCCACCGACAGACUAUCUCAAAGAUGGAAGGAUUCUUACCCUGCUUCUACUCCACUGCAGGCAUUGAGGCCUUCUCUUACUCAAGCCCCAUUUACCCCUACGACAAGCCUAGGAAUGAGUAGUCUUCCAGACUCUGAGAAGCCACGGAUGUCUCCUACCUAUGAACAGACUCUCACAGACAGGGGCCAAGACAUUCCUGUACAGCCCCUAGUACCAGAAAUCCCUCCUUCCCUCAGACAGCUGCUAGCACCUGGGGCUCCUCCCACUCCAGGACCACCCCUUGGUCCUAGGCAUUUCUUCAAACCUAGUGUCCCACCCACCUCUGGAGAGGUGCCAGGACUUGUUUCUGGAGGCUCUGCUGCCCACAAGGAGCUUCUGAUUUCCAGAACCUCCUCCUUCCAGCCUCCUGAGUGGCAAGGCCCACCAUGGCUCAUUCCCAAGCAAAGCUUCAUACCAGCAGUGUCUUCCAUCCCAUUGCAUCCCUCCACAGCAGAGGCCCUACCAACCCCUGGAAGACCUCAGAGAAGUUCAAAAGCCAAACCUCUAAAGCCUAAAUCAGCAAGAGCUCUCCCAAAUGCUGCUCUGGGUUUCGAGGCCUCUCAGGCUCCGUUCCCUAUUGAGAAGACCCAAAUACCUAAGAUUCCUGACACUUCAGAACAAACUCAAGUACUCCAAGAUUCUUUUGGUGUGCAACCAUUUGGAAUAUUUCAGCCGUACGGCACCAGCUCCAGGGUACCUCGGUCACAGUCCCCUCUCAUUGGUGAGAAAGCCCUUUCCAGAGAGAAGCCUGGAAUACCACUACCAUCUCUUACCACUCAGCUCCCCCAAACACCACAGAUCUCAACUUCUGAAAAGGGCCAGAAACCAUGGCUCCCCCCAAUAGACAAGCCCUGGACACCGACCCCCGUUUCUGGUACCAGAGAAGCCAAGAUGAUAGUGUCCCCCACUGAUCAGCACCCUGAAGACAGAUAUGUCGUUGAUGUGGAGGCUCAGAGGAAGAAUCUGGUCACAUUAAAUCAGGCGGCACAAACUUCCGGACUUCCUGCACAGUAUCUCACAAUUGCCAAGAAUCUCAUAAUUGAAUUACUUCAUAUAGAUACAGUUCGGCUGGGGUAUCUGUCCCGAAAGUAUAUUGCCUAUAGGCUGAUCCAGCUUGCCAGAAACCACCUAACCAAACGAGUGAAAACCAUCCAAAAUACUGGGAAAGGGUACGAGAUUCAGAGCUUGUACACGAUGCUUGAUAGGAUUGACCAGUACCAGAAGAAGGUGAUGCACAGCUGGACAGACAAGCAGAAGCAGCUGGAACAGAGACGAAAGCAGUGCCUACGGUCUAUGACACAGUUCUUCAGCCAGAUGGCCAAUGUGUCUUCUGUGUCUUCUCUUGUCUCUGAGGAGAAACGGCAGUGA